AUGAGGCAUCCAUCCGAUUCACAAGUUUGGACUACUUUCGACAAUGAUCAUAGUUGGUUUGCAAGAGAUGCUCGCAAUAUCAGGCUUGGUUUAGCGAGUGAUGGUUUCAAUCCUUUCAACAACCUUGCAAAACCGUAUAGUAUCUGGCCCGUCAUCCUCAUGCCGUAUAAUUUGCCUCCGUGGUUAUGCAUGAAAGACCAAUUCUUCAUCACAUCUCUCAUUAUUCCUGGUCCAAAAUCACCUGGAAAUGAGAUUGAUGUAUACUUGCAGCCCUUGGUAGAUGAAUUGAAUGAGCUUUGGGAGAAUGGGGUGCAUACAUAUGAUGCGUACAAGAAGGAAACUUUCAGAUUGCAUGCGGCUUUAAUGUGGACAAUAAAUGACUUUCCCGCAUAUGGGAACCUCUCGGGUUGGUCAACUAAAGGGAAAUUGGCGUGUCCUUCAUGCAAUGCUGAUACAGAUGCUAUGUGGUUGACCUAUGGCCGUAAGCAUUGCUACAUGGGACAUCGUCGAUUUUUGCCCUCAAACCACGUAUGGCGGAAGAAAAAAUCUUGUUUCAACGGAAAGGAUGAUCACCGCAUGCCGCCAAUCCGUUUAUCUGGACCGGAUAUUGUCCGUCAACUCAGUCUUCUUGGGGAAGUGGAAUUUGGCAAAGGUUGGAAGAAGAGAAAACGGACUCUUCAAGAGUUGAACUGGACCAAGAGAAGCAUUUUCUACAACUUACCGUAUUGGUCCUCACUUGAGCUUCGUCAUAACUUGGACGUAAUGCAUAUUGAAAAGAAUAUUUGUGACAGCAUACUCGGCACCCUAAUGAACAUUCCUGGAAAAAGCAAAGAUAAUAUUAACUCUCGUCGUGACCUUGCAAAUUUGGGUAUAAGAAAAGAACUUCAUUUGAUGCAACAAGGUGACCGGUGUGCAAUGCCACAUGCAUGUUUUACACUAAAUGGCGACGAGAGGAAAAUGUUUUGUGAGUGGUUGGCGGAUGUGAAGUUCCCAGAUGGGUUCGCUGCAAAUAUUUCAAGAUGUGUUUCUGUUCGUGAUUGCAAAAUUACUGGGAUGAAAAGUCAUGACUGUCAUGUUUUCUUGCAGAGACUACUCCCUAUUGCAGUCGGGGGGUGUUUGCGGAACGAUGUUGCUCUGCCUCUGAUAGAGCUUAGUCAGUUCUUCAAAGAGAUUUGUGCACGAACUCUAAGUGUGGAGAGUUUGGCAAAGCUCGAAAGUGAUAUCGUCCUGAUUUUAUGCAAGUUGGAGAUGAUAUUUCCCCCUUCAUUCUUCGAUGUGAUGGUCCACCUAGCUCUCCAUUUGCCUCGUGAGGCGUUGCUUGCUGGACCAGUUCAAUAUAGGUGGAUGUACCCAUUUGAACGGUUUCUCGGAAGAUUCAAGCAGUAUGUUAAGAAUAAGGCUCGCCCAGAGGGAUCAAUAGCGGAAGCAUACAUUCAUGUCGAAUGCUUGACAUUUUGCUCGAUGUAUCUCGAUGAUAUUGAGACGAGAUUCAAUCGACCGGAACGCAACAUUGAUGGUUUGGAGGAUGAUGCCAUAGAUGGAUUUGGCAUUUUCACACAGAAGGUCCGUCCCCUAGGUGUGGCAUCACCUAUACAACUUGAUCCAAGACUAUUUGCAGAAGCCCGUUGUGAGCACUAUCGACUAUGUAAGGAAAAGAACCCAAUGCUAGCCGAUGGAACGCAUCAAGUAGAGUUUCCUGGAUGGUUCAAGAAACGUGUUCAAACUAUGCGUAAGGAUACCCCUACUGAAGUCGUGGAUGAUCUAUAUGCCUUAGCGUGCGACCCUGAAUCGCUUAUUAGAUCGUACGCAGCGUGCAUCGUUAAUGGAAAAAGGUUCCACACAAAGCAUCGAGCGCAAAGUCGCCGCGUUCAAAAUUCUAGUGUUUUAGUCAUUGGUGACGAGGAAGCAAACAAUUUGGACUUCUAUGGUGUUCUAAAUGAUGUUGUAGAGUUACAUUAUAUGGGUUGGCGUCGAGUCUACUUGUUCAGCUGUGACUGGUUUGACGUUGGCGAUCAAAUACGAGGUGUCUGA